UUCUUUCUUUUUUAAAGCCCAGAGCUCCUGAACGUGCGGCCCUCUGGAUGAACCCACAGCGAUCCGAUCCGUGUGUUUCGCCACUUCCUGCUCCUGCAUUCUUCUGUCCUGGUAACCGGAAUGUUCUGUCUGUUCAGGCUCAAAACAUUCAGUGGAACCAGAACCAAAGCUAAGCGUCCCUCAGGAUGUGUCAAGAUCAAUCUGGGGGAACUGAGCGGCUGAUUUACUGUCUCUCUGACUCAGCGGGUGCUUCUUUUUGAGUCUAGUUUUAAAAACUCCUGGCAACAACCUGAAAUCCAGAACCUUCUCUGAUCAGGGAUGGGGACAUUUUGAAGCUUUUAUUCAACACAUUGAUGUCUCCAGCUUUGCAAAGAGCCAAAAUGCCAAAAGCUAGAAUCCCAGAGCCCUGCCCACACUUCUGUGAGACCCUGAUCAUUGUCUAACAAAUUCAGCAUGUGUCCACUGGGCUGUACCAUCUGCUAGGCAAGGUUCCAGAAUGGCCAGACAUGUCGGGAUUCAUCUGUUUUAGGAAAAACCUAUAACUACCAGCUGGGAGUCGAUUUGGUUUUUCUUUCUUUCUUUUUUGGUUCUGGGGUUGAAGCCAGGGGUGCUUAACCACUGAGCCACACUCCCAGCCCUUUUUAUUUAUUUUUUUUUAUUUUGAGACAGGAUCUCACUCAGUUGUAUAGGGCCUCACUAAGUUACUGAGGUUGGCUGUGAACUUGCGAUCCUCCUUCCUCAGCCUCCCAAGCUGCUGGGAUUACAGGGGUGCACCCCUGCACCUGGCCUUGGUGUUCUAGCCAAGUCUGCAGGUCCUUUCAAGGUGGUCUGUUCUGAUGGAUGGCCCCUACCAGCAUGAAGCCAAAAGAUGACCUUACUCUGUAGGCCAGGCGACUGGGAAAGAAGGAGCCUUGUGUGUGGAAGUCUGCAAGGAGAGCGAGCCACCUAGCAUGGCCCCGCCCAACCAGUCAGUAGAAGGCUUUCCCCAGGAGGCCUCCAACAGAUCCCUGAACACUACGGAAACCUCGGAGGCCUGGGAUCCAGGGAUCCUCCAGGUGCUCAAGAUCUCCCUGGCCGUGGUCCUUUCCAUCAUCACGCUGGCCACCCUGCUGUCCAACGCCUUUGUACUGGCCACCAUCCUGCACACCAGAAAGCUGCACACCCCGGCCAACUAUCUCAUUGGCUCCCUGGCCACCACCGACCUCCUGGUUUCCAUCUUGGUCAUGCCCAUCAGCAUCGCCUAUACCAUUACCCGCACUUGGAACUUUGGCCAAAUCCUGUGUGACAUCUGGGUGUCUUCUGACAUCACGUGCUGCACCGCCUCCAUCCUGCACCUCUGCGUUAUCGCUCUGGACCGGUACUGGGCCAUCACCGACGCCCUGGAGUACAGUAAGCGCCGGACGGCUGGCCACGCGGCUGCGAUGAUCGCCGUGGUCUGGGUCAUCUCCAUCUGCAUCUCCAUCCCACCCCUCUUCUGGCGGCAGGCCAAGGCUCAGGAGGAGAUGUCCGACUGCCUGGUGAACACGUCUCAGAUCUCCUACACCAUCUACUCCACCUGCGGGGCCUUCUACAUCCCGUCCGUCUUGCUCAUCAUCCUCUACGGCCGCAUCUACCUGGCCGCCCGGAGCCGCAUCCUGAACCCGCCCUCGCUCCACGGCAAGCGCUUCACCACGGCGCAGCUCAUCGCGGGCUCCGCGGGCUCCUCGCUCUGCUCGCUCAACCCCAGUCUCCACGAGGGCCACUCGCACGCGGCCGGCUCCCCGCUCUUCUUCAACCACGUGAAGGUCAGGCUCGCCGACAGCGUCCUGGAGCGCAAGAGGAUUUCUGCUGCUCGGGAGAGGAAAGCCACCAAGACGCUGGGGAUCAUUCUGGGGGCCUUCAUCGUCUGCUGGCUGCCCUUCUUCGUGGCCUCCUUGGUCCUCCCCAUCUGCCGGGACGCCUGCUGGCUCCACCCGGCCCUCUUUGACUUCUUCACCUGGCUGGGCUAUUUAAACUCGCUCAUCAACCCCAUCGUCUACACCGUGUUCAAUGAAGACUUCCGCCACGCGUUCCAGAAAGUGGUCCAUGUCCGAAGGGCCUCCGAGUCUCAUUAGGUGGCGACUCUUGUUCAGUCUUUUGGGUCCUGUGACUCCGUUGGGAUUGUCUUUUAAACUUUUCUUUUUUUGUCCCUCCUCCCCUGGGAACUGGGUUGAUUCAUGAUCUCUUGGGUCAAUCAAUAGAAUUAUUCUAUUUCCUGAGUCUUGACUUCUGAGCCACCCAAAGCUGGGCCACUGGGUGAAAGGCGAGAGGACUGAAUGAAGACUUCCCCUGACCUCAUAUUUUCGUGGUUCUUCCCGGGGUUGAAAGACACAUGACCCACCGGAUUCAGGACAAGAGCAAUUACCAUUGAAAGAUAGUGACUGUGUCCAAGACAACAAACAUUGGGGGAGAGCCAGAAGUAUGACAGAAAGCUUAAAUUGCCUAAAUG